AUGUUCAGGAGCGGUCAGACCAACAGUUACGACGAGAUCGUUGCUAAAACGACUGAUGAAAACCUGACGAAUGAGAAUUGGGAGUUGAUCCUGAAUCUAUGCGACAAGGUCCUCGAUGAGGGUGAACCAGGCGCGCGCAAUAUCGUCGCCGCCGUCCUCAAACGUCUGGCGCAUCGCAAUCCUAACGUACAACUAUAUACGUUGACUCUUGCGGAGUCGUUGACGAAGAACUGCGGAAUUGAGGUGCAUAGGGAGAUCGCAUCGCGCGCGUUCACCCAGGGACUGGAGAAGCUGGUUACCGAUCGGACCACACACGACAAAGUUCGGCGGCGAGCCCUAUCAUUGAUUGCUCAGUGGACAUCGGAGUUCGAGAAGGACCCCACGCUCGGGAUUAUGGAGGAAUGCUUCGAGUCUCUAAAGAGCAAGGGAUACAAGUUCGAGACGCCAGAUGAGCCUCCGCCGCCAGAUGUGGAUGACGAAGUUCGUCGCCGGGAAGAGGAGGAGCUACAACGCGUCCUGGAGAUGUCCAUGCACGACAAGGGUGGACGACCUCAAUGGGCCAAUUACUCGCUUGCAUCGUCAAGCGGUGCAGGCGGAUCCGGCUCGAACAUAAAUCUACCGGCAACCAACACCGCGCAGCCGCCCCGCCAGCAGCAAACAAGUUAUGGCGGUUACGUGCCCUCAGCCAGCCCGGCGAUUUCUGCCGCCAACACUUCUUCACCAUCCACAGCGACCACUGUGAGCUCUAUUACGCCUUCCUCAACGCCUGGUGCAUCGGGCCACGACAGUGUCUCCAUAGUCACCAGGGUCCGGGCGCUACACACCUUCGAGCCCACUGAGGCCGGAGAACUGGCUUUCGAGAAGGGCGACAUCAUCAAGGUCGUUGACCGAGGAUACAAGGAUUGGUGGCGUGGCCAGUUGAAGGGCAGGACGGGUAUCUUCCCUGUGAACUAUGUGGAGCCUUUGCCGGAGCUUACAGCGGCUGAACUCGCCCGAGAAGCGGAGCAGGAGGCUGCUGUGUUCUCGCAAGCUGCGAAUGUGGAUCGUCUGCUGACGUUGCUCCGUGGUAUGGAUCCCGCAAAGGACAAUCUCGCGGAUAAUGAGGAGAUCCAGGAAGUGUACAGGAACUGCAUGACUCUGCGUCCCAAAAUCGUCAAGCUGAUUGACAAGUAUAGUCAGAAACGAGCUGACCUCGUUUCAAUGAAUGAGACGUUUGUGAAGGCGAGGACCAUAUUCGACCGAAUGAUGGAGGAAAGCCUCGCGCGAAACAGUGCCAGUACGUCUCCCUUCCUUUCUGAAAUGAGAGGCUAG